AGAAGGUGGCGGUAACACCCCUUUUAGUUAGAAUGUGGUUUCGAAGAAGAAGCGUGUAGCACAACAUUUGAAGAAGAAGAGAAGAAGAAGCUGGUUGUGACUGGAUGAUCAACUCCAGAGUUACUGUGGUGUUGGAUUAAAUUACCACGAGGACAGGCUAUGGAAGGGGUGAGGUGUCUUGUGGAGUGUUGGGCAGAUUUUGGUGACUUGCUUUAUGCGAAAGUGAUCUGUCAUGGCCCAGAUGUGAUCUUAAGCAUCGGGUCUGAACACAUCUUUGUUUUUAGUGGCCAAGAGAGAAGAGUUAAGACUGUCCUGCAGUUUGAUUCUCCAGUCACAUCCCUGGCCUUAAGUGCUGAUCAGUGUAGUCUCUAUGCUCUCUGUGAGAAUAAUCUCCUUUACUGUACCACCCUCUCUCCGGAAUCCAGCUCCUUCUCAGCAGAACAGGGUGAUGACCCUGCCUUGUCCGUGGUGUCCAGGGACAACGUUCUAGUGAAAGAUGGCACUGCUCUCUCCUUCACUGUAGCAGAGGACAUACUCAUUACUGUCAGUCUGCAAGAGUCUUUCUGGAGGUUUCACCUCUAUGAAUUGGCACGUUGUUCAUCCAGAUCCCCAGGAUUUCAGAAAGGUGCAGGAUUUCAGGUCCCAGCUGUCACGGGAGUUUCUCAGAAUGAUGUGGUUUUGCAGGCUAGGACGAGCUCAGCUCCAGCUUUGACAUGCGUCUACCCCAAUUCCUCACCUAAAGGACAUGCAUGUAAACGCCAGCCUCGUCUCGAUCCUCUCCUUUUCAGGCUCUUAUUUGGAGUUGAUGCAUCUCUUAUAAAUUCUCCCGUCAUUCUUUGUGGUUUACCCGAUGGACGUCUUGUUUUUUCCCCACUACUCCUACCUGCUCUAACCAGCUCAAAGGGAGAACAAAAGCCACAAAUCAGGACUUUCUACAGUUUAGAGCAGCCAGUAGCAUUUAUUGGAACGUCUCUUAUUGGGGAUCAGGGCCCACAAUGCCUGGUUGUGAUUGGUCAGAGGGGCAGAAUCCUGCUGAUCAGGGCCAAUCAAAGAAGCUCUGAUGGAAAGGCAGCGGAUUGCGGAUUCAUUGAGCACAUUGUGCAGGGGCCUGUGGUAUGUGCCUGUGUAGAUGGUGAACAUUUAUACUACAGCACUGCCACAAACCUAUUCUGCUUGUCCCUGAGCAAGACCUUAACACGUUCGUCGUCAUCAUCACCCAUCACAGCAGUGUCAGAGGGAGACAGCACAAGGCCAGAGAGUGCGGUCUGUCUGAAUAUGUGCCGAGUAAUCGCACUAACUGAGCCUUCCAUCAGUCCUACAGGCAGUGUGCAGCUUCUGGCUGUGUCUCUCAGUGGGAGACUUCUUCAGGUGACCCUCCCUCAGGACUCCGACAAAGCUAACAUGUCUAGACUGGCUUCAUCACAAGCAGGGCAGAAAAUCAAAGACCUCUUGGCUGGUAUUGGAAAUGUUUGGGAGAGAGCAACAUUAGAGAAACAGCAGCUGGAAUUGAAGAAUAACACACUCAAGCGUUUGAACCACGUUCUCAACAUCUGUCACUUGCUUUUAAACUGUCAGAAGACUGACCAAGAGGUGUGUGAGCGCCAGCCUACAAUCAGCUGUCAUGGGGCUGCCAAAUGGAGUACGCUACUUCAGAAAGACUCUUUGGUUCUCACUUGCAUAUUGGAAAACCAAAGUUCUUGUGCCUUAGACCAAGGAUGGACUCUUUGUCUUCAAGUGCAGCCAAGUCUUUCUGUCAGUGCAGGGGGUUCAUCUAGAACCUACUCCUUUGCCUUGAUGAAAUUAGACGGUGGUCAAAAAGCUGAAGUGACGUUACCUCUCGAACGUGACGGGGACUUAUUUCUCCCGGUGCAGAUCUACUGCUCGCUUGUGUACACUUUACAGUCUUUAUUUAACCCAGAGGAAUACAGACAGCUCUCAACCAGUGACACCUCACUAUCUCAGCUUAUUACACACACAGGCAGCAUCUGUCUGUCUCUGAACACGUUAACAUUGGACUGGCUAGAUGCCUUAAGGAUAGGAGAGCCAACUCCAAAUGGUGAUCAUAUUCCCAAACAAAUCAGCACUUGGGAAGCCACUCGCAUGCUCCUGAGCUCCAGACAAAUUCACACCAAUGAGCCAGUAAUGCCGACUGCUGCUCCACAUACAGUAGCAAUCCACAUAUCCUCGGAGCUCCUGAGGAACCUGCUCAGCUUACCUGACUGUAGCAGUGCACCUCUGUGCAUCUCCGUGCUCAAAUGGCUGCUGUGUGGAACUUCUAAGACAGAGGGGCAAGAGGUAGUGCAGAGUCCAGUUGUGUGUGCCAAAGGGCCAGACAGACAGGCGGUCAGACUGCUGACCAAAGAGGUCAUAUUGAGUGACUUUCGUGCUGAAGGACCCCUGUCUGUUGUGGAGGUUCGGGUAGAGAGUGUUUCCAUCUCUGCAGUGUGUGGAUUACAUCAUGCCGUCCUGCGACGUGUUCAGGCCCUUCUGAAGGAUGCUGCCUUGAAACUGGAGAAGCCAGCAGAGCUCAGAGGACAGCGCUUGUGUGAGGCUGUUCGGCAUAUGGAGCAUCUAUAUAAGGACCUGCAGGAUUUUCGUGACCCAGCUGAUCGAGUUAUGAAGACAAGGAGGACGUCAGAAUCACUGUUUCACCUCUACUUGCAACUAAGAGAGAAGCCAUUUGUCAUUCUGUGAAUGCACACACUCAUUCAUAAUAUAAUAAUCAGUUUGGUUAUUCUAGGGAGCAAUGUACAUAAGCAAAGAUGUACAUGGGUUUCAAAUUUUGGAAAAAAAUUAUAUUUAUAUAAUUUUUAAUGUGGCUUUAUACAGUCUAUGGCUCUAUUUUUUGUCUGUAUCUCAACUUGACCACUGCCUUUUUUUUUAAACAAAAUAAAGUGAUG